AUGAUUCUUGUGCCGCUAUCAAAAUCUGCUGCAGACUGGGUCCUGAGGCAAGUGCCGCUGGAUGAUGAGAGCCGAAAGGUCCUGGAAAGCGCAUGCGAGGGGCUGCCGGGCCGCUUCCAGGAGGGUGGCUUCGUAGUGCAAGGUGCCGAGUCUGUGGCCAAAGAAGCCACCGGAGAGGUGAUUCUCUUCAAUGCUGAGAAGGGUUACGGUCUCAUUCGGGCAGAUACAGUUGAGGGCGACGGCGUCGAGGCCUUCUUUGCCUCCAGCGGUCUGAACAUGGCGGUGAAGGUGGGCGACAAAGUUCGCUUCAUGGAGGACCACACCAUGAUUGAGGGGCAGAUCUGCGCCUACAACAUCAAGAAGUUGCCACGGCACAAGUGGAAUGUGAGCACCAUUUGCUGUGAGGAAAACAAAAGCAAGAAGCACUUGGAAACUGGGAGGUUCAAGACCAACGUGGUUCGACUGCUCACCCGCAUGGACGAGAGUGAGGAGCUGCCCCGCGCGCAAGUUUAUGGCGAGGUCACAUCCUUUGGCGCCGCGGUGCCUCUUGUGGUGAGCGCGAGUCCACGCGGCGGCCGCGGCGUUUUUGCCGGCGCGGCGAUAGCGGAGGGGCAGGAGGUGGAAGUCUGUCCAGUGCUGGCUCUGCAGCGCGACCACAUCGCGGCGGAGUGCGCGGCCAUGCGGUACUUCUUUGGUGGCGAGCACGGUGAUGUGCUCCUCUGCGUCCUGGGCUACGGCAUGCUCUACAACCACGCCAAAGCGCCGGUGUCAGCGGCGCAGGGCUUGUCCAAGGACUUUGCAAAUCUGACGUAUGCGCUCCACGCCUCUCCGGCGCAGCUGCGCGACGCGCGCGACGGCAACGUUUGCGUGCGCUUCGUGGCGCGGCGCCGCAUCCAGGAAGGUGAGGAGCUGCUCAUCGAUUACUCUGACCGCUGGUGGCAGACGAAAGGUGAACAGCCUUUAUAA